CCACUCCACCAUCGGCCAUCGCGCUUUUCCCAUUCACUCGCCGCCGGCGCCGCCCCCGCCAAUCUCCUUCUCCGCGGCGCCGCCAUGCUCCGGCUCAGGUGCUGCCUCCUCACCCAGCUCCUCUCGUCUCCCUCCGCAUCUCCCGCCUCCCAGCUCCGCCGCCUCAUAUCCGCCGCCGCGCCCGCCAUCUUCCCGAACCCUAGCUUCGACGUGGAGGGGUACCUCGUCUCCUCCUGCGGCCUCACCCGAGCACAGGCCCUCAAGGCCUCCGCCAAGCUCUCCCACCUCAAGUCCCCUUCCAAGCCCGACGCCGUGCUCGCCUUCCUCGCCGGCCUCGGCCUCUCCGGCGACGACGUCGCCGCCCUCGUCGCCAAGGACCCGUUGUUCCUCUGCGCCAAAGUGGAGAAAACCCUGGCCCCCGUCGUCGCUGGGCUCACCGGCCUCGGCCUGUCACGUUCUGACAUCGCGCACCUCGUCUCGCUCUCCCGUGACAAAUUCCGAUGUAGAUCCAUCGUCUCAUAUCUACAAUACUACCUGCACCUCUUCGGCUCCUUUGAGAACCUCCUCCCUGCUCUCAGGCACGGCUUAUGCCUUCGUUCGGCCGGCCUAGAGACAGUUGUCAAGCCCAAUGUUGCGUACCUUCAAGAGUGCGGGCUAGGUAAUUGCGACAUUGCCAAGUUGUGUAUCGUUCAACCAUGGCUGCUCACCUCAAACUUAGAGUACGUCCGGGCAGUGGCGGCACGAGCCGAAGGUAUUGGUGUGCCCUGUGGCUCUGCGAUGUUCAGGCGCGCGUUGUUGACUGUUGCACGCCUCAGCAAGGAGAAGAUCGACGCCAAAGUGGAGUACUUGAAGAAGACGUUCAGGUGGUCAGAUGCUGAGGUGCGCAUUGCUUUGUCCAAGUCUCCAGGGAUGCUGAGUUUUUCUAGUGACAGGCUGCAGCGCAUCUCAGAGUUCCUCAUCUCCAAGGCAGGGUUGGAACCAGCAUACAUUGCUCAUCGGCCGGCAAUGCUCAAUUAUAGCCUGGAGGGCCGGAUCAAACCCCGUCACUAUGUUGUAAAGUAUCUCAAGGAAAAUGGAUUUCUAGAUCAUGACCGGGACUACUAUAGUACACUCUGUAUCAGCGAAAAGGUAUUCAUGGAGAGGUUCAUAUGUCCUCACAAGGAAGCUGUACCCCACCUCGCUGAAGACUAUGCCGAUGCUUGUAGAGGGGAAGUGCCUUUCAGUUUCAGAUUUACAUAAACCAAGAACGGGCUAUGAGAAUUGGUAACUGUGUAUGGCGCAGCAGUGUAUACACUCUGUGCAGUGAGCUAGUAAUUUCUGUUUCGGUGUUUGCCUAAUUGGAUGUUGGUUGUCUGCUCUAGUAUGUCUGGUACAUGUCAGUUUAGUGUCACUAAUUCCAUAUGAAACUGAUAAUUUGAUUGUGACUUCUUUGUAUGUCCAUCACACCAUUCCAGUAGAGAAGGAAGCAUCGCACUAUGGUGAACAUGUCCAUCCUCAUAUCAUAUUGACACACAUAAUGGAACCAAGAGUGUGUGAGAUCUGGGUAUUUCUGCAAAUGGUUUCAAAUAUCAGUGAUAGAGUAUGCCUGGAUACUCUAUCGUUAUGUUCUCAACGACCAUUGCAGUUUUCAGUGCAAUCCUUAACUACCUUUCCAUGAAAAAUGUUCUCAUUUUGGUCAUUAUUAAUUGAAGUCUCAAAAUUUCCCUUUGGAUGGCGGAAACAAUUGUGGAAUUGUUGAUGGCCACAAUGUGUAGAUCACUGCCGAGGAUGCAGUUUUGAACUAGUUUGUUGGUUCCUUCCUCUUAGUUCUUCUAAGGUGAAAGUCUUCGUUUUCCUGCAGUUGCUCUGUUUAUAAGAUAUUGACUGUACAAGAAAGCAGGUCAUUGUUUACUAGUAGUAGUUUGUAUAAGCUUUUUUGCCCCGCUCUAUGUUUUUCGAUGGCCUAUUGGCUUAUACUUUUUUUAGGGACAUCUGAUCUCAAAAUUGAAUAAUGUUGUUCGCGUUCUGAAAAUACUUGCAAUUUUACGGCUGCUUCAGAAUUUUUAUCACCUUUCGAAAGCCUUAUAUUACUUAAGCUUUAUCAAGCACAAAAAGAUAGGCCAUGUUGUUUCCUUCACAAUAUUAAUUAUAAUGUUAAAUGUAUUAUAUAUCUGGAUGACUGUUAGGACUGAAGUUUGAGAGCCACUGGGUCCAUUUUAUGCCACACAAGUAAAACCCAAUGUAUCCACACACACAGUGUAAACAUGAACUCUUGGAGUUAUCAGGUUGUUGCUGCAGUUAACACUAGUUAUUUUCCCCUCUUUAUUUGCUUCAAGGAUUACUGAUGGUAUUGCACUUAUUUACUUCCUGGUCCUCUUGUUGGUGGAAGUGCUGCAUCAAAGAAUGUAAACAAUUGGCUCGAUGAGAUGAUUACAUGGUAUGAAUCUUCCACCAGUAUUCCGAGAGGUGGUCCUUGCAAGUUGCUUGUCUCCUUGUUGAAGAUACUGUGUUAGCAAAAUGGGAAACCACACACCAUUUGGGUCAGACCCGUCACAGGAGGUAUUUUGUUUCAUGCUUUAUGUUGUUGCAGUCAUAGUUGUAGUUAUAUUACCCAUAGUUCAAAAAAGCGCUAGGCGUUAAUUGUGCGUUUUGCCACCGCCUUGCGCUUUACUGAUCAAAGCGCAUGCUUAUGCGUAGUUAUGCACAGA